GGCGGCGGCGGCGCGGGGCCCGAGGGCGACGUGCUGAUCGCGUUCCGGGAGACGCUGCGGGGGCCGGACGGCGCGCCGCCGGGGCCGCUGCGAGCGUGGGGCACGCCGGCGGUGCCGUGCCGCGGCAAGGCGUCGCAGUGGUUCGGCGUGUCGUGCCACGGGAACGGCAGCGUGCAGGGGCUGCAGCUGGAGCGGCUGGGCUUGUCGGGCGCGGCGCCCGACCUGGGCCUGCUCGCCGCGCUCCCGGGGCUCCGCGUGCUCAGCCUCGCCAACAACGCCAUCGCCGGCGCGUUCCCCAACGUGUCGGCGCUCGCCAUGCUCAAGAUGCUCUACCUCUCCCGCAACCGCUUCUCCGGCGUCGUCCCCGACGGCACCUUCCACACCAUGCGCGGCCUCCGCAAGCUCCACCUCUCCUCCAACGAGCUCUCCGGCCCGAUCCCCAGCUCCAUCACCUCGCCGCGGCUGCUCGAGCUGUCGCUCGCGCACAACCAGUUCAACGGGCCAUUGCCGGACUUCUCCCAGCCGGAGCUCCGCUACGUCGACGUCUCCAGCAACAACCUCUCCGGCCCUAUCCCCGAAGGCCUCAGCCGCUUCAACGCCAGCAUGUUCUCAGGUAACGAGUAUCUCUGCGGCAAGCCGCUCGACACGCCCUGCGACAAGCUCGCCUCGCCGUCGAACAUGUCGACGUUCAUGACCAUCGCCGUUGUGCUCAUCGUCGUCGGCGUGAUCCUCGCCGCGGCGGGGAUCGCGACGGGGGUCAUCGGCCGCAGGAGGCGGAAGCGGCGGCGGCGACGCCCCGGGCCCGGCGAGCCCGGCGGCGACCAGACGCCCUCCAACCCGAAGCUCCACACCGCGCCGGCCGUGAACAUCAACCGUGGAUCCGCCACCGCCGCCGCCUCCACAGCCGCCGCAGCUGGAACGUCGGCCUCUGGCGGCGGCGGCGGCGCGGCGGCGAAGCGAGGGGGGAGACGGGACGAGCACGGGCGGCUGGUGUUCGUCCAGGAGAGCCGGAAGCGGUUCGAGAUCGAGGACCUGCUGCGUGCGUCGGCGGAGGUGCUCGGCAGCGGCAACUUCGGGUCGUCGUACAAGGCGACGCUCCAGGAGCGCCCCGCCGUGGUGGUGAAGCGGUUCAAGGACAUGAACGGCGUCGGGCGCGAGGACUUCUCCGAACACAUGCGCCGCCUAGGCCGCCUCUCCCACCCCAACCUCCUCCCCGUCGUCGCCUACCUCUACAAGAAAGACGAGAAGCUCCUCAUCACCGACUACAUCACCAAUGGCAGCCUCGCCCAUUUCCUCCACGGGAAUCGGGGAUCGGAGUUGGAUUGGGGGAAGAGGCUGAGGAUAAUCAGGGGGACGGCGAGGGGGUUGGGGCACCUGUACGACGAGCUGCCGAUGCUGACGGUGCCGCACGGCCACCUCAAGUCGUCGAACGUGCUGCUCGACGGCGACAUGGAGGCGGUGCUGUCGGACUACGCGCUGGUGCCGGUGGUCACGGCGAGCGCGGCGGCGCAGGUGAUGGUGGCGUACAAGGCGCCGGAGUGCGUCGCGGCGGCGGCGGCCGGCAAGCCGUCGAAGAAGAGCGACGUGUGGAGCCUCGGGAUCCUCAUCCUCGAGGUGCUCACCGGCAAGUUCCCGGCGAACUACCUCCGCCAGGGGCGGCAGGACAACGCCGACCUCGCCGGCUGGGUCAGCUCCGUCGUCAGCGAGGAGCGCACCGGCGAGGUGUUCGACAAGGACAUGGCCGCCGCCGGCGCCGGCGCCGAGGACGACAUGCUCAAGCUGCUCCACGUCGGCCUCGGCUGCUGCGACGCCGACGUCGACCAGAGGUGGGAGCUCAAGACGGCGAUCGCGCGCAUCGAGGAGAUCAGGGUUCCGGACCCCACCCCCACCCCCGCCGCCGCCGCUGACGCCGCCGAGCCCUCGCCGUCGACGACGACGACGACGAACUCCGGCGAGACCCGGUCGUAACGUAACCCGAUACACACGCGUAUACGAAAUCAAGCAGCUCCAAUGAUCGCCUCUUGGUCAACGGUCAGCGCCUUGCAUGCGUGCCACGUGGCAUGGUACGGUGAGCUAUUGCAUGGGCGAAACUGAUUGGUGGUUAAUGAGCUAAGCAUGAAGAUUAUAAUUUAACCCAGCUGAUGCAUGCAUGGAAAAUUCGAGCGUGUGUAGAAUUGAUUUUGGCAGAAAUUGGUUUAGCUUAAUUUAAUGAAGGGAUAUAUAUGGCUAGCUAAGUUAGUAAUUUUUUAUUUUGCUGUACUGAUUAGAGUGUAAGAGUUAGGAAAUUAAGAUGUUGGGAUAUUUUUUCUUUUCCUUUUUUUCUUCUUUUCAUAUAUACAUACAAAUUUGUUGUUACACUGGAAUUUGUUGCUAGCUCGUAGUUUAAGCUCCUUGCUAGCUUGUAGUUUAAGCUCCUUGUAUAAACUUUCGAAGUAUAAAAUUCUCAGAUUUUUGCCAUA